AUGUUGCGGUUUACCCGAUUUCUACCAACAAUUGCCCGUAAUCGCCUUUACACGACGAAUAUCUCUCAGCCGGUUGCGGUGCGAAUCGUGGAGGUAGGCCCACGAGAUGGUUUGCAAAACGAACCUACGCUUCUUCCGGCGGCGGUCAAAAUCGACCUGAUCAAUCAACUGUCCGAAACCGGGCUGCGUACUAUCGAAGCGACCAGCUUCGUGAGCGCCAAAUGGGUCCCACAGAUGGGUGAUAACGCGGAGGUGCUGAAGGGUAUUAACAAGCUGCCCGGCAUCUCCUACCCAGUGCUGACACCGAAUCUUAAAGGAUUCCAAGCAGCGAUAAAAGCAGGUGCUGAGGAAGUAGCCGUUUUUGGCGCAGCAUCAGAAAGCUUCUCUCGGAAAAAUGUCAACUGCUCGGUGGACGAAAGCAUCGCUCGAUUUCAGGACGUAAUGGAUGCAGCCAAGAAGGCAAACGUGAAAGUGCGCGGAUACGUUUCAACGGUUGUCGGUUGUCCAUAUGAAGGCAAAAUUAAGCCCUCGGCAGUAGUCCGCGUUGUGGAAAAGCUGAUCGAGAUGGGAUGCUAUGAAAUUUCACUUGGCGAUACGAUUGGUGUUGGUACACCGGGAUCCUUCACCGAUAUGUUGCGCGAAGUGACAAAGAUCGCACCGGUUAAGAUGCUAGCGGUUCAUUGCCAUGAUACGUACGGGCAAGCGUUACCCAACAUACUGACAUCACUGGACUUUGGCAUCGGUGUCGUCGAUGCGUCCGUUUCGGGGCUGGGUGGUUGCCCGUACGCUAGAGGUGCUUCGGGAAAUGCCGCCACGGAAGAUGUGGUGUACAUGCUGCACGGUCUUGGCAUCGACACGGGCAUCGAUCUGCCAAAGCUGGUGAACGUUGGAAAGUUCAUUUGCGAAAAACUUCAACGCCAGUCCGAAUCGAAGGUCAACCGAGCGAUGAGGAAAACUAACCCGAACGCAUGCUAG